AGCGCAUUAGUUAGCUCCAUCACUGAGCCAUUUCGUGGCGGACCGCUGUUGUCCGCCUUCCGCAAUGCGUUGGACAGAAUUCGUUUGUUCCCGCCGCUUCGUGCUGAUGCUGUUCCCUUCUCGUUGUGACCACAUAAGUCGCCUUACUCUUUUUAGCACGCGCGGCAGCAGGCCUUCGGACGCGUCUACCGUUUGCACCCUGUAGUCACGGAUUGAAAUUCUAGGUCAGCGCCGUGAGCCGCAUGCGUAGCUCCGAGUGCUAGGGAGGGAAGCAAUGGCGGCCGUCACUGACAGAAAGGCCGGAGGCGCCAGCGAGGUAGUGCCGGAGCAGAUCGUGGUAGCAGAGGUCACCGCGCAACAGCACGGCGCCGUGCUCGUCCUAGACGACAAAUCGCGCAAGGUUGUGGCGGCGAGCGAGAAUGUGCUGCACUUUAUCCCCGACGUGCGCGCGGGCGGCGCCGCGUCGGAGCGCGACGGCGCGUCGGCGGUCAUCGGCCGCCAUCUCAGCGACGUCUUCACCGCCCCGCAGACGCUGUCGGACCUGGCGGCGCUCAUUCACCGCACCACGACGCACAGCGCGAGCGCGUGCCAGAUCAGCGGGCCGCGGCCGGGGCAGUCGUACUGCGUGUCGGCUUGCCGCACGGGCGCGGGGGUGGUGCUGAGCUUAGAGGACGACAAUGAGCAAGACUUACAAGAAGUGGACGUGCCGCCUUCGCCGACGGCGGCGGGCGCAGCGGCGCCGAGCGCGGCGACGGCGGCGCCGUCGCUGCCGUUCCACCAGCUUGCUCGGCGCGCCAUCGACCGCAUGCAGAGCAUCAACAGCGUGUCGCCACACGUCGACGCCUUCUGCGACGCCGCCGCGCAGGAGCUGCGCACACUGACGGGGUACGACCGGGUCAUGAUCGCGCACAUCACGGACGAGGCGUGCUGCAAGAUCAUAGCGGAGUCGUGUGUGAGCGAGCUCACAUCGUUCCGAGGAAAGCACUUCCCGCUGCCAUCCGUGCCCGAGAUCUGGACGGACGAGGCCAUCAAGCAGCACAUUCCCAUGCGGUUCAUCUAUGACACGUCAGCAGAGCAAGUGCCCAUCCGCCACGUGGCGUCCCUAUCGACUGCGCCCGACCUCAGCCUCUCCCCACUCUCAGGCGUGGAGAGUGCGCAGCGGCAGCUGCUGCGCGCGAUGGGUGUGUGCGCAGUGCUGCUGAUGCCGCUGGCGCUGCACGUGGGCGAGCGGCACGUGCUGUGGGGCUUCGUGCUCUUCCACCACUACAACCGCCCCUGGACCGUCACCUGUGCUCACCGCGCCGCCUGCACCUUCAUUGUGCAGGCCUUGCGGGCGCACCUGGCAACGCGGGUGAAGAGCGGGGAGCGCGCGGAGCGGCGGCGGCAGGAGGCAAUGCAGACGAGCAUCUGCGACCGGCUGACGUACCAGGUGGCGCCCUCGCUCGUCACCGAGAGCCCCUCCAUCAUGGACCUGGUGCCGUGUGAUGGAGUGGCGUAUGUGCACACGGAGCGCGCCCAGGUGGUCACAUACGGCACAUGCCCCACAGACGACCAGGUGCUGGCCAUGGUGGCGUGGAUGCAGGGCUCGUCGCGCCUAUCGGUGGCGGCGCCGGUGUAUGCGCCGGUGGUGAGGUCGUGCGCGCGCCCGGAGGACUGGGGCCCUGCGUGGGCGCACCACUGCACCGUGGCCGCCUCUGCCAUUGCCGACACCGACGUGCUGCUCUGGUUCCGACACCGCCGGGAGCGCCACCUGGACUGGGCGUGGACAGAGCCGCUCACAGCAGGCGCGCCGCAGUGCGGGGCAGGGAAGGGCGGCAAGGGCGGCAAGGGGAUUGAGGGCGGCGAGGGCGGCAAGGGCAGAGGGGCGGGGGGCGAGGCGGGUAGGGAUGAGGGCGCGCUGGCAAUGCAGCCCGCGGGGUGGACUCCCUCUGAGGUGAGCGCGGUGGAGGGGCUGCAGCGUAUGGCGUACGACGCACUGCGGGGCAACAGCGAGCCCAUGAAGACCAUGAUCCUCGUGCGCCUCAACGAGGAGCGGCUGAGGGCCAUGCAGGACCUGGCCAUAGUGGCGCGCGACCUGGGCCGCAUGAUGGACAUCGCACACACGCCCAUCCUCGCCGUCGCGCGCGAUGGCCGCAUCACCGAGUGGAACCAGCGCCUCGCACACCUCACCCGCCGCCCCAAGGCGUCGGUGGUGGGGCAGCUGCUGUCAUCUGUGGUGUGUCCUGGCAGCAUGCAGCAGCUGGAGGCGCGGCUGCAACAGGUGAUGGUGGGCAAGGGGCAGGCGCAGGAGCACGUCGAGAUCCUCCUGCGCUGCCCGCCCAAGGGCAAGCGCAAGCCCGGCGCACCCGCUCCCUCGCUGGGGGCAGACGGGGGCAGGGCGCAGGGGGGAAACGGCCGCACAGGGGAGAGGCUGGGGGGCGCAGGGGAGCAGGAAAGGGACAAGGUGAAAGGGGUGGUAGGGGAUGGGGUUGGGGAGGAGGGGGAGGAGGACGAGGAGGAGGAGGAGGAAGCAGAGGAGGAGGAGGAGGUGAUGGUGCUGAUGGCGACGGUGUCCCCUCAGCGGGACGGGCUGAACGAGAUCGUGGGCGCGACGAUGAUCGGGCAGGACGUGACGGAGCAGCGGCGCACCAUGCAGCAGUGGGCGGAGAACGAGACGCGCGCCGCGCCCAGCGACUACGAGCAGAUCCUGGAUAAGGCCAGCAUGCCCAUCUGGGCCGUCGACAAGGACGGGCGCAUUGUGGAGUGGAACGCAUCUAUGGCCAAGACGAGCGGCAUCAGCAAGGAGCAGGCGGUGGGGAAGCGCAUAAUGGGCGACCUGGUGGGCGACGAGCGCGUGCUCAUGGUGCCCGACAGCGACACGCUACUCUCGCUCGACUUCGCCAUCCACCGCGCGCUCGCGGGCCACCGCACGCCCACGCUCAACUUCCGCUUCGUCAACCACGAGGGCCGCCAGGUGGAGUCCGUCAUCAGCAUGCGCGCGUGCCACGACGGCGACGACCGCGACGGGUCCGGCAAGGGCUCGCGCGUGCUGUGCUUCAUGCAGGACGUGACCAUGCGCAAGGCCGUGGAGAAGGCCAUGGUGGUGCGCCACGCGGCCGAGGCGGCUGAAGACGCCAAGUCGCGGCACCUGGCUUUCCUGUGCCACGAGAUCCGCAACCCGCUGAACGGCAUCCUGGGGAACAUCACCUUCAUGGAGGAUACGAGACUCUCGGAGGAGCAGCAGGAGCUGGUGGAAACCACCGCCACGUGCGGGUACCAGCUGAGGAAGAUCGUUGAGGAUGUGCUGGAUAUGAGCCAGAUACAGGAAGGGCGGAUUGAGCUGGAGAGGCAUGCGCUGAGCCUGCCCCGGAUUGUGAACGCGGUGGUGAGCCAGGUGGGGCUGGCGGCGGCGAAGAAGGGCCUGCAGCUGUAUGCGAAUAUUGACCCGCGCUGCAACAACGUGCGCCCACUCGGGGAUGCGCCCAGGCUGCAGCAGAUCCUGUCCAACUUUGCGUGGAACGCCAUCAAGUUCACGCAUGCGGGGUGGGUCGAGAUAGGCAUCGCCAUGGACCACACGCACAUCCCCUCGCCCUCCUCCUCAUCCGCCUCCGCUGCACCGCCCAAAGCAGCAGCAGCUGGGAGUGGCAAGGGCAAGGCGGGCAGGCACGAGGGCGAGGGCGAGGAGGAGGAGGAGAGUGCGCGGUUUGUGUUCCGCGUGGCGGACUCGGGCGAGGGCAUCCCCGAGAGCCUCAAGCAGCGCCUCUUCGAGCAGUUCGCCACCGGCCGCAAGUCCGCCUCCAGCCAGUACGGCGGCACGGGUCUGGGGCUGUCGAUCUGCCAGCAGCUGGCGUCGCUGAUGGGCGGCGAGAUCAAAUGCACGUCCGAGGUGGGCAAGGGAUCCGUCUUCUCCCUCGAGGUGCGCCUCCACCUCCUCCCCCCACACUCCGCCCCCGCCGCCAACCACCCCGCCUUGCCCGCCUCUGCCGCCGCCGAAUCCUCCCCCUCCUCCUCCUCCCCCCUCCCCUCUCCCUCCGCCACCGCCCCCCCCGCUCCGCCUCUUUCCUCCCGUCCCCUCUCCCCUGCCCCUACCUCUGCUGCGCCGCCUGCAGGCAUUGCUGCGGGAGGGAGAGGAGGCAGUGCGCCGUGGCAGGCGGGGCAGCAGGCAGAGCGGGGCGCACUAGGGCAGCACGGGGAGGAGGGGGGGCAGCGGGCGGACGUGGCGGAGGGAGGCAGUGGGCAGCAUGGUCGGGGGGUUGUGGGGAUGGCAGGGGGAGGAAGGGGGGGCGAUGAUGAUGUGUGUGAUGAGGCGGCGCACAGGGAUGGGUGGUGGCGGGGGACGGGGGCGGACGAGGCACGCAGACAGCUGCCUGGGGAGAGGCGCACAGCAGCCGCCACGCGCAGCAGCAGCAGCAUGGAGGCAGCAGCAAGGGCAGCGGAAGUGGCAUUGACAGGCGAAGAGCGAGGAGGAGAACAAGAGGCAGGGUAUGUGAGUGGAGAGGGCGGCGCAGGAGGAGAAGGGGGGCGAGGGAAGGGUGGGGAGUUCCGUGAGCCGUCGUUCCAGUCCGGGGAGGCGGCGUCCUCUGAGGGGCCUGCUGCGCACAUGCUGCAAACCCUCGUGCUCAACUCCCGCCUCCAUAAGUCGUCGCCCUCCCUCCACGCCCCUCCUCCCUCCUCUCCCAACCCUUCCCCUUCCACGUCCUUUUCUGUCACUACCCCUCCUUCACUGCCCACCAUCCAUCCCUCCUCCUCCUCCCCCGUCUUGCCCACCCUCUCCCACUCCGGCGGACCCUCCACCCCAUCCGCCCCCACCGUUCCCCGUUCUCCCCGCCCCCCCUGUCCGUCUGCCCUGCGCUCCCCGUGCCGCCCGCCAACGCCAGGCAAGGGGGUGCAGAGGGGGGGUGCGGGAGGGGGCAGCUCGCCUGGUGUGGCGGGCGCAACAGGCACACGCAGCGGAGGAAGCAGAGGCGUGGACACGGGCAUAAAGCAGCAGGAGCAGCAGCUGGAGAAAUUGCUGCAGCAACAAGAAACACAACAGCAGCCGCAGCAGCAUUGGCAGCAGCAGGGGCCGCCUGGGUUGGGGGUUGAGACGCAGCAGGGGAACGAUGAAGGACGCUCUACAUCGCCCUAUCACACUGCACUCCACGCUGCCUCUCCUGCCGCUGCUGCUGCUGCUAGUGCUGUUGGUUAUGGUGGUGAUGGUGAGAGGAGUGGGUUGCAUGCGGACGUUAGCAGCGACACACUCGGCUCAGCUGCACAGCCUUACCACAGCAACCAGUGGGGCUUCGACCACGCCAACCAAUACAACCAGCACAACCCUCAGCAGCCGCUGCCCCGUGCAGGCGCCCCAUCCCCCCGCCAGAUGACAGCGUCGCCGGAAGCCAUGCGCACGGACUCGCUGCUCAGGCAGCUGCCGUCGUCUGUCUUCCACCUGGCGCGGCCCGCGCUGAGGGAGCGCAUGGCGGCCACCACCGGUGGGGCCAUCCCCACGCGCUCCCUCACCGACCCUGCCAAGCAUUCCUUCCCUCUGCGCUGCCCCCCCGCCGAUGCACCCCCGGCUGCUGCUGCACCAGGCGCUGCUGAUGCUGCUGCCGGUGGCGGCUCCGGCAGCAGCCUCCAGCGGUCGCUGUCGUCGCCCUUGUCUGGCGGGCCCGCGGCCCCACACGGUACUGCUUCCACUCCCGCGCACUCGUACGCUGGCGCUGCGUCGCUCAUCGCACCACCCCCUCCAGGCAGACCCAUGACAGCAGGUGUGGAUGGCAGUGCACGAGGCAUCCGAGGUGGGGUGAGUGGAGGCAUGGGUGAACCACAGCCAGGGCACGUCCCUGCCGGUGCACCAGCAGCUGCUGGCCUACGGGACGUCACUUCUGCUGCGCACUAUGCGCCUAGUGCUGCUGCUGCCCCUCCCGGUUUCCCCACCGGCCCCUUCCACUCGCUCCAGCUUUUCCAACCGGUAGCCAUCGCGGAUUCGCCUGCUGCCUCCGCUGCUUCCCACCUGCAGCAGCAGCAGCAGCAGCAGCAGCAGCAGCAGCAGCCACGAGCGUUUGCGAUUCCGUCCUCUCUGCAACAACCUACACAACCGGUACUCCCUCUUUCCCCGCUCCUGCCUUCCUCUCCUGCCCAACAACACUCCCACACACCUGCAGCAGCACCACCACCAGCGCCGUCAGCAUCAGCAGCACCAGGCGCAGCGGGUGCAGGGUCCUCGGCCGGGGGCAGUGCUUCUGUUGUGCAAGCAGCAGCAGCAGCAGGGGGCAUGGUGUCAGCCGCAGCGGCGGCCGUGGCAGCAGCAGCAGCAGCAGAGUCCUGUGCAGGGCAAGCCGGGGGCUCGGACAGGGCAGUGAAGGAGGCUUGUCUCAUAGAGGAGCUGGAGCGAGGCAUGAAGGGCGAGUGGAGCUUCCAUGUGGUGCGAGAGGUGGUGGCCAGCGAUGCUGUGGCAGUGCUGGUAGAGCUGACUGUGGGCUCCACCGUGCGCCAGCAGUGGGGCGCCAUGCCCUGCCCGCCCCCCAUCAUGCCCGCUCUCAUGCUGCCCGCUGCCACCUCACAAGCCCUCUCUGCUGCCGCUGCUCUCUUUGGGAUUUCUUUGGGUGGCAUUCAGGGGGGGCGGGAUGUGGGGCGGGCAGGGGAAGAGGAGGAGUGUGGGGGCAGCAAGGGGAGGAAGGGGAAGGAGAGGCAGGAGGAGGGGGGAUACAUGGGUAGGAAGGGGAGGGUUGGGUGUGGGAAGAGGGAGAAAGGGAAGGGGGUGCUGGCGAGUGUGAGGGAGGACGGGUGGCUUGGUGGGGAGGAGGGUCAGGGGCAGCAGGUGGGGGAUAAGUUAAACGGGCAAACAGCAGGCCCGUUAAGGCAGCAGCAGUGGAAGCCAGCAGACCCCGACAGCUGGCAGCCGCCCAUUAGACAAAGUGCGAGGCGGGGUGACGGGGAGAGAGGCGCGCGCGUGCCCGGGUCUUGCAUGGUCAGAGUGCGCUCCGCGCCAUCCCUCUCCCUGCUCCAAUGCCCGCCCUCUCCCUCCCCUGCGGCGCCGUCCGCGGUUGGAAUAAAUCUGACGAAUGGAGUGACGGGUUUUGGGAGCAGGCAGAGGGGGUUGAGGCAAGCGGGGAGAGCGGAGGGGGGUCAGCCCUCUGGAGUCAGAGUCUUCUCCCGACCGCACUCACCCCCCUCCUCGUCCUCGUCUUCCUCCUCUUGUUCUUCCUCCUCAUCAUCCUCCCAGUCGUCCCCUCGCAACCUGGCCCACUCUCUCCUCCGCGCUCUGAAGCCUGGCCUCGCCCCUCCGCCUGCUUCGCCCCUUGCUGCUGCCACUGCGGCAGGCGGAUCAGUAGGAGGGGCAGCAGGGGCAGCAGGGGCAGCAGGGGCAGGUGGGGCAGGCAGGGCAGCAGGGGCGGGAGCGGCAGUGGCAGGGAGCUCGGCGUACUUUUCUCGGGAGGCGUCGAAGCUGAUGGGCGCGCUCAACCAGUCUCUGCACAAGGUGUCCACGGCACCUGCCGCUGUUGCCGCUCCUGCCACAACACGCACUGCAGGGGCAGCAGAUGCUAGUGCAGGGGGCAGUGGCGCAGGAGGAAAAAGAGCAACAGCAGCAGGAGCAGCAGCAGUAGCAGCAGGGAGCAAUGGAGUGCACGUGGGGCCGACAUCGCCAUCACAUCUCAUCCCCACUGCACCUCCCCCCACAACCACCACUCCCACUGUCAUCUCUGCUGCCUCCCUCUUCACCCGCACCCCCUCCUCCCACCUCCUCACAUCCCUCUCCCACUCCAACCUUUCCCCCUCCACCUGCCCCCCGCCCUCUCCCUCUCUCAUCCCCUGCGCUGAGAGCCCCUGGAACCCCACAGCUGCUUCACAAGAGCCCGUGUCUGCUGGUGCGCCCCCGCACCUGCCACGCCUGCAGCCCGCCGCGUCCCUGCCCUCGGCGUCGUCCUCCCUCGCCUCGCAUCCGCGCAAGCGGGCAUCCGACCUCUUCUCCUCGCCCGGCCUCUCCCCCCCCAUGCUCCAGCAGAGGGGCGCCCCGCAAGCAGCAACAGCAGCACUGGGAGUGGAAGGGGGGGGUGGGGCAGCAGCAAGGGAGAUGGUGGGAACGAGCCACGGCAGCAUGCUGUGCCUCAGGAGCAGCAAUGGCAGCCUGGGCAGCGGCAGCAGUAGCAGCGGCGGUGGCGGCGGGGGCAGUGGCAGCAGCGGGGGGAACGGGGUGCAUGAGCAGCUGGCGAGUGCAAAGAGCCUGCCAGUGGAGGCGGUGGGCGGGGAGGGGGCAGGUGCAAGGCAGGCUGCUUCGCCGGGCGAGGGGAGGAGAGAGAAAGAGUACAAGGUGCUGGUCAUUGACGACGAGCCUGUCAACAUACGGGUGGUCAGGCGAACUCUUGAAAGGGCGCAGUUUGCAGUGGUGGCGGGGUCAGACGGCACGGACGCAGUGGAGCGGGUCAUCAAGCGGGGCGAGCGCUUUGAUGCGCUGCUGCUGGACGAGAGGCUGAAAGUGAUGAACGGCAGCGAGGCGUGCAUGCGUGUGAGGGAGCAUGAGGCAGCUCAUGGGCUGCUGGAGACGCCUAUAGUGGCAAUCUCAGCCAACGUGGAGCCAGAUGACAUCAGGCGGUAUGCCAUGGCAGGGUAUUCCGCUGUGCUGGGAAAGCCCAUCAACGUGCGAACAGCAGGCAUCCGGUUGCGCGCUCUCUUGGCGGCCUUCAAGCCUCCCACACCGAGUCGGCGGGCAGAGCUACAACGAGGUUCUAAUGUUAAGAUACGCAGGGAGGAUGAGAUGAUAAUUUUCUCAUGAGAAUUAGGAAACGUCACGCAUUGUUGUGCCUGAUUGGGCUACAUCGUUCUACAACAGGUACUUGGUGUAGUGGAAGCACUUAUAGGGCCAUAAUCAAUAGGGUAAUUUGCUGCCAGACGGGCAACAUCGGACGGCCGAUCUGUAUGGGCAAGAUUUGUUCUCAGAACGGUAGAUGUUAGAAAACUAAAAUAAUUAGAAAGAAAAGAGAACAAGGGAGAU